CAAAUCUUCCCCAAAUACACGAUGUAAGGAAGAAAAAUCGACAUUUCCCCUAAAUAACCAACGUUAAGGCGGAAAAUCAAGAUUUCCCUUUUUAUUUACGCUUUCAUCCGCUUUAUUUCUCCUUUAUUGGUUGUUUGGGGUACAUACCUACAUAUGUAUAAAGAUACAAUAAUCUUAAUUCGUUUUUAAUCACAUUACUGUCCUCUUUUACGAUACUUCAAGGUGGGAAAUACCUAAAUACGAUGUCUAAUAGACCAUCUGAAGUUAAUUUAGAAGACAAUGGCAACAAGUAAAGUCUAUUUUCGACGUAACAGACCUGGUACCAAGGCUGAGGAGUGGUGUAAUUGGCCCGAUGAACCGUUCGAAGAUAUGGAAAGUACAUUAGCUGUUCAGCAGUAUAUACAACAAACAAUAAGACGUGAUUUUAACAAUGUAGAUGAGAUUUUAACUGCUCCAGAGGGUCAAGAUGAAGUAGUAUGGAAAUACGAACAUUUGAGACAGUUCUGUAUGGAACUAAAUGGAUUAGCUGUUUGUUUGCAAGAGCAAUGUACCCCAAAAACAUGUCCUCAGAUGACUGCUACUGAACAAUGGAUAUUUUUGUGUGCAGCUCACAAGACUCCCAAAGAGUGUCCAGCUGUUGAUUAUACACGACAUACGCUUGAUGGAGCUGCUUGCCUAUUGAAUAGCAGUAAAUACUUCCCCAGUCGAGUAAGUAUCAAAGUUACGUCAGUCAAUCGUCUUGAUUCUGUUUGCCGUCGUGUUUAUAGAAUAUUCUCUCAUGCCUAUUAUCAUCAUCGAGAGAUAUUUGAUUCUUUUGAAGAAUCAACUGCAUUAUGUCGAAGGUUUACCACAUUUGUAUUAAAAUACAAUCUCAUGAGUAAGGAUAACCUGAUUGUACCUAUCGCCGGUGCUGUAGAUGGGGCUGUAAUCGAGGCCCAAAUAUGAAUCCAUAAUAUUUAUGUUUAAUAUACUUUAUCUUGUACAAUUUAGGUCUAACUUUUCUUUAAUAAUGUGAAAAAACCAUACCUAACUUCAUUCAUAAAUAGCGAGUAUUUUUGUUUCUUACCUGUAUUAUUUUACAAAUAUGGUAAUAUGCUGUUGUAUCAAUAAAAAUCAUUAAAAAUAAACUGUGUUUUAUUUGC